AUGCCUAAUCAACAGAAGAAGCCGUGCUGGGUGUCUCCAGACAUUGAAAAGACCAACGUGGCCAAGUUUUUGAGCUAUGUUAACAGAAAGCAUAACCUUGAUAUCAAGACGUACGAGGAGCUACACCAGUGGUCCGUUAACCCGCUCACCUUGCAGGACUUUUGGCGAGACGCAUACACGUACCUAGAACUCGCACCAGUGGGUUCCGACAUUGUCGGGCCCAUGAUGGAAAGUGAUAACGAUGCCGGUCUUUUCCCGCCUCCCAUCUUCUUCCCCAACGAGCGCCUGAACGUUGCAGAGUUGUUAUUGCGCAAGGGCGCAGACGGCAAGGUGGCCAUUCAUUUCGCCAGGGAGGACGUCUCGGGUAUUGAGCAGGUCACAUGGGGCGAUCUUCGCGGACGAGUCAAGAGGACAAGAGACGCAAUGCUAAACUCGGGCGUUCGCUCCGGCGAUGUGGUUGCGGCUGUCAUUACGAACUCGGUCGAUGCCAUGGUCAUCUGUCUCGCCGCCCUCUCCAUCGGUGCCGUCUGGUCAUCGUCGUCGCCUGACUUGGGUCCUGAUGCUAUUCACGGUCGAUACAGUCAGGUCAAUCCCAAGCUAGUCUUCGCCGACGAUAGUUAUGUAUAUGCUGGAAAGCUGGUCAAGCUCGGCAAUCGGAUCGAACAAUGGGCAGAGAGGCUUGGGAAAACAGGAACACAGCUACGCAACGUCGUUGUGAUUGCCAAUCGCGGCGUGGAGACAGACUGCUCCAAGAUAUACCGUGGCUGCACCCACGAGACGUUUCUCAGUAGAGGUAGCGGUCAAACGCUUGAGUUCCAACUACUCCCGUUCUCGCACCCGGCGUUCAUUCUUUACUCGUCGGGCACGGUAAGAAAGCCUAUAGACGCCGAACUGGGCAUUUGCAAGCACCCAAGAACUGACAUGGAACAAAAUAGACAGGCAAGCCGAAAUGCAUCGUGCAUAGUGCGGGUGUAG